AUGCGCUGGACCCUUGAAAAUGAACACGUGCUCUGGCGCACUAUUUUUGAGACCCAGAAUCUCACUCUCGACCUGGACAAAAUCGCCGAAGCAUGGCCCGGUGACGACAUGCCCACCGCUCGCGCCAUCAAGGAGCAUCUGGAGAAGUUCCGCCGCGGCUUGAAGUCAGGCAACUCGGUGACCUUCAGCAUGGGUGGAAAACGCGCCGCGGAUGAUGAUAGUUCUGGUGCUGUUGCGACUCCGCGCAAGAAACGUGCCACGAAGAAGAAGGUCAAGCAGGAGCAGGAUGAAGAGGGGGAGAAUGAUGAUGAUUUUACUCCCUUCGGUGGCAAGGUGGAGGAGUAA